UCGGCGGGGGAGCUUUACAUUUCGCGUCCUAAAACGAAGCCACAAAUCGGGAUUAAUUCUUCUAAUCAGGACAGCGGUAAAUACCGCUGGGGAACAGGGCUGUGAUAAAGGUAUCGACAGAACUUAGGCAGGUGGCUUCAACCGAAUCCAAACGAUGCCACCGAAGGUGCAAAAGUGUUCGCUAUGCCGGUCGCUUCGUUCGGAGAAAUGGUAUAUGCUGGAUCGCCGCUGGAUCUGCUCAGUCUGCCACGAUAUACAGCUGAACCCUCCACUUGAGGCACUGCGCGAACGAUCACCGGAUCGGGCGAUCGCUGGCCCGACAGGUAAACAGUCAGUGGCCCGCGCCGGUGAUCCGAUGGAUGUGGAUGAUCCCGGCGAGGGCACCUCGAAGCAGACGGAACCGAAAGGAAAGAAGAAGCACACCGUCACGUUCGCGGAUCCGCCCGAAACGGAUCUGACCGGCACUGGGACGGCGGAAGCAGGCAACGAAGAAGCGAAGGACACGGUAGCGCCACUCGGUACGUUUUCGCCGCGUCGCUUGCGGCGUCGCAUCUGUCCCGUGGUCAAGCCGACCGUACGCAAACGAGCCGCCUCUGGCAAGCCGGUCCGUCGGGCCUACCUCAAAUCGAAAGCCAAAUCACGUCGCUCGAUCCUCAAGAAACCACCGACCAAAUCGACGACGGAAACCGCCUACACCAAAUCCGUGCAGAAGGUGUUCCACGAGAACCAAUGCUACCAGGUCGGUGACAUCGUGUCGAUGGUGGACCAGAAGGACAAUACGUACUACGCCCAAAUCAAUGGGUUGCUGAUUGAUAUUUAUCGCGAGAAAAGCGCCACCCUGACCUGGCUGAUACCGACCACCUGCAGUCCGCCGCCGAACGAGGGCUUUGACGCAUCCACCUACAUCAUCGGACCGCUGGAGGACAUGCCGCGCCGGCUGAACUACAUGCAGUUCGUGAUGAAUGCACCGAGCAACUUCUACUUGGACAGGCAGAACCCAUUCCCAAGCCCGGAAACCUACGGACCGACCAACACGAGCCAGCGUAACAAUCGCAACUACGUGUGGGCCAACAUCUCCCACCUUCACCACGGCGAGCACGUACCGCUGCCAAGCGGGGUGGUUUAGGACGCUCCUUAUUGCCCCUCUCUGCCCCGAGAUCGCUCACAAAACACACGCAUCGACUAGCUCCUUUAACAAGGAACACACCGCUCGCCCGCCAUAUUAAGACAUGAGCGGCAAUAAACUGUAACUUAUCGUGUACCACUAGCAUACCCAUCCUAAAACUCUGCAAUAAUUGCGUCUAGGCAUCGUGAUCGACAAAGAAAAACGCAAACAAUUCGCACACGUAAAAAUGAUCAGUAUUAGAGCAUUCAUUAAACGUACUCGAUUCAUUUAGCAGUUUGGUUUUUCUUCCUUCCCGUGUGUGAUUGUCAAACUUGUACCUGGGUGCUGAACAGAGGGAGCCAUAAUACGAGCAAGGGGUGGCACAUGAAUGCAUGCAGUAGAUCAACGAGAUCGCUGAAACGCUUCCCGGCAGGAUAUGCACGGUUGGUGGCUUCGCCAAGCACAUCGCCGGAAGUUUGGCGCCACUGGCUACCCGCAUACCCGAUUCCCUAUUCUUCUUUCAACUUCUUUCUAUCUAGCGUGCUUUUCUGCGUUUGUUUUCCUGCGCCAGUAAUGACGUGGCGCUGCGGAGAAUAGUUUGCUCGGACACAUUACGAUCCGUGCAAUCGAUUUAUUCUGAUUGGUUUCGUUCUAACACUUUCCUCUCGUUUCCGUUGAGAGGAUCAAUUAUGGGAGGUGUCCUUUUUUUUUUAGACAACCCGUUGACCGCUGCUUACACGGACUUGAUCAUUUAAUCCUUGAAACCCGCUCGUAACGCCUUUCAUAAAUCAAACAACGCAUGUUCGUGUAUUUCCAAAUAGCGGCUACUAGGCG